AUGAUUACUCCUGAACAGGUUCAACAGGUUCAAAAGAGAUUAGCUGUUUAUCAACAGGGUGGCUACUUCUCUUCUUAUAUCUCCACUGUCAGCCAUGUGCAUGAUAUUUGCCAUUCAAUAUUAAUGGGUCAACUAACAGAAGAACCGAACUUUUCGAAAGCUAGUUUAAAAAAGCUGAGAGAUGAUAUUGGUACUAAAUAUGUUGAAAAUAAGAUUAUGAUUGAGUGUGACAAAAUGAAAGUUGAUGUCCUAGACACCAGUACUGAGGCUGUUAUAGACCAAGUAAAAGCAGAGCUGCAAGAAAAGAUACCGAUGGUACGAGAUUUGAGACAUGAAAUUGAGUCGCGAAACGAAAGAUUAGAGCUAAUGGCAAGGGAUAUUGAAGAUUUUAACUACGAGAACCAUCAGAUGGCAAGUUCGGUUACAACGUUGAAGCUCAACAAGGAAUCCUGGGUUGAUUUGUUGGGGGAAGAUUCAUUUAAUAGAUUAUUAUCGUCAGGGAUUUUUAACCAGGACCGCAAUGGAAUUUACAUGGUCAGAGAACGUUUGUUUGAAGCUGAAGAUGAGCUAAAGCGCAUUAAUUUGGUAAUGAAGGCAGACAUUGAAAGACUGUCAAAUGAUUUAGAACACUAUAAGAAAAAAUGGCUGAGGAAUGCAGCAGUAAUGGAACGCAUUGGGUCGGUAUUAGAACGUGAAAUUGCAGAGCGUAACGAUGGAGGAAGGGCCUUAAAUGAUGACACAUACAUGGAUGAUGAAGAGGAGGAUGACGACAGGUUCACAAGGCAGCGCGAAGGCACUGCUACAAGCGAUGAGGAAAUGGACAAUGAACCUGACAACGAUGGCUUUGGUCCAUUGGACUGUGGUGAGGGUACUGAGGAAGGUAAUCACGAAGGCAAUGGCACAUGUACUGAUUCUGAACCAGAAGGCAAAAAGCCAGAUGAAGAUGCAGUUUCUGUAGAUGAUGCCCAACUUUCAGAAGUAGACACUGAUCUUAUUAAGGCGGCUGCUGCAAAUGUUCAAAAUGCUAAAAGUCCUGGGCCCAAUGCUGCACAAGCUGAGAACCCAGAUAUCGAGAUGAAGUAUUCCAACUCCGUCUCAGAAAUCACUGAACAGCAUGACGAAAUUGACAAGGAAGACUCACGUAGCAACAGCACUGAGGUGCCGGAUACAUAA